AUGAAGACAACCCCCAUCAUGGAUGUUUACCUCUCAUUACAAAUCCCCCCAUCACAACCAUUCCGCCAACCAUUUUCUACAAAACAUUUGAAGGUAAUCAGAGUUGUUAUUACUCUUGAUAGACACUUAUGUCUUCCAGUUGAAAGACUCGAUGCUCCAAUUGAAAAGAUUGGUAUGGAUGUAUUAGACGAAGAUUUGAACAUCACAUAUACCAAAAACUUAGAUGACUUUGCUUCUGAAAUAUCCCAAAUGAAGGAUAGUUCGGAGAUCGAAGAAUGUAUGGGAAAUCGUGACAAAUUGCCUGAAGAGGUUAUUCGUCGCAUAAAGAACCAAAUACAGCGGUUAUCAAGAUUAAUUAAGAAAUUGACGAAACAGCAAAGACAGUAUUGCAUCUCCAAUAUUGCGUCUCCCGACCAAGAAUCUGUGAAUAUCAUAGAAUACCGGUAA